GAAGGACCCCGAGUUCGAGUCCCGCCGGUUCGAGUUCCGCCCCCCAGCGAGUGGGCCGGGAGGCGGCUGCGGCCAAAAGCGGCCGAGCGGAGGGGCACGGCCCGGUUGGUGCCUCACUCCGCGGUUACCCUCCGUCCCCUCGCCGACUGGGCCCGGCGGAGGCCCUUGCUGCCAGAGUCCCUGGAACCACGGCGAGGUUCAAGCCGGUGCCGGCAGCGGGGAAGAGGAACAGGCAACAGCUUGGAGCUCAUUUUGCGGGCAAGCGGUGCGUUUCCCGAGGCCCCGCGGGAUGCUUUCCUCCCAACAAGCGCCGUGGUGAUUUGCCAGCCGCUCGGACUCUGAACCUGACACACGCACCCCCACACACCCCGCCCUGCAUUGGCUGAACGCCGCCGGUGCCGGUCGGGACGCCCGAGCGGUGCCACCGGCCUCCGCCUGAGCCCAGCCGGCUGCGGGAAGGCGGCCGGGUCGCUGCCUUCACCGAGGAGGGAUGAAGCUCUCCUGGCUGGGCGUGGAUGUGUCCCGGGUGCUGCACUUGGCUGCCGUCUUCUGCCUGACCUGCGUGCUGCUGAAGGCCAUCCAGCUGUACCACCGGCGGCGGGAGCUGCUCAGGGCGCUGGCCGACUUCCCCGGCCACCCGACCCACUGGCUCUUCGGCCACGUCCACGAGUUUCUCAAGGAGGAAGAGGUACUGGACAAGGUAGAGAUAUGGGCACAGAAGUACCUACAUGCUCACCCUCUCUGGUUCGGAAGUUUCUCGGCAUUCCUGGUUGUCACCAAUCCCGACUAUGCCAAGGCUCUGUUGGCCAGAGGAGAUCCCAAGGAUAACAUCAGCUAUAAACACCUUAUCCCAUGGAUCGGGAACGGGUUGCUCAUCUUACAUGGGCCAAAAUGGCACCAACAUCGAAAACUCCUGACUCCGGGGUUUCAUUACGACGUCUUGAAACCGUACGUGGCCCUGAUGGCAGAGUCUACUAACGUGAUGCUGGAUAAAUGGGAACAGCUGAUCACAGAUGGGAAACCAGUGGAGCUCUUUGAGCAUGUCAGCUUGAUGACUCUCGAUAGCAUCAUGAAAUGUGCCUUCAGUUGUCACAGCAACUGCCAGACCAACAGGAAAAACAGCUACAUCCAGGCUGUCUAUGAACUAUGCCACAUGGUGCACCAGCGCCUCCGCAUCUUCCCCUAUCACAACGACAUCAUUUACUGGCUCAGCCCCCACGGAUUUCGGUUCAGGAAGGUCUGCCAGCUCGCUCACAACCACACAGACAAAGUGAUCCAUGAGCGAAAGGAGUCCCUUAAAGAUGAACGGGAAUUUGAAAAGAUCAAGAAGAAGAGACAUUUGGACUUCUUGGACAUUCUGCUGUGUGCCAAAGACGAGAACGGAGCUGGACUGUCUGAUGAGGACCUGCGUGCCGAGGUGGACACGUUCAUGUUUGAGGGCCACGAUACGACAGCCAGCGGGAUCUCCUGGCUCCUGUACUGCCUGGCGUCACACCCUGAGCACCAGGCACGGUGCCGGGAGGAGAUCCAGGGGAUCCUGGGGCACCGAGAGACGCUUCAGUGGGAGGACCUGGGCAAGAUGACUUACAGCACCAUGUGCAUCAAGGAGAGCCUUCGCCUUUACCCACCGGUGCCUGGUGUGUCCCGGCAGCUCAGCAAACCCAUCACCUUCCCCGAUGGACGCACCUUGCCAGAAGGCAGCAUCGCUGCGAUAAGCAUUUAUCUCAUUCACAGAAACCCUGCAGUAUGGAAAGACCCUUUGGUGUUUGACCCUUUGCGGUUUUCCCCAGAGAACAUCUCUGGCAGACACUCUCACGCCUUUCUGCCUUUCUCUGCUGGAAUGAGGAACUGCAUCGGGCAGCAGUUUGCCAUGAACGAGAUGAAGGUGGCGCUGGCCCUGACCCUGCUCCGCUUCGAGCUCUCGCCUGACUCUGCCAAACCUCCCUGCAAAAUACCUCAGAUCAUCCUUCGCUCCAAGAACGGGAUUCACCUGUAUCUAAAGAAAAUCCGCUGAUGCUGGAAAACGUCCUGCCUUUGCCGGAGGGAGGGACAGAGCAGAGGAUGGGACAAUAUUUCUCUGGGGCACAAGGUGCAGGGCAGGAUUUGGGGAUGAGGAUUCCUGAUUUCUGUGCUUCUUCCACCAGCAGAAAGCCCUUUUUGCCCUGGUCCAGGUAGCCUGAAUGGCAUUGAACAGAUCCAUUGCCAUCUGCUCCAUCAGCGCCGAUCUCGGAGCAGCCGGGCAUGGCCAUGCCUCUUUGGUGGCUGUCCCCUUGCCCUGCCAUAAGGGCUAGCCUGGCCUGGGAACAUCUUCAGGUCCCACCAGCUUCCUCCUUAUCAAAUCCUGCCUUCACACUCAUGUCCUGGCUGAAUCUGUGACCAUUCCCAGCCAUGCUCCAUCAUCCACACCUUCCUCAGUGCCUAGAGGUCAGCCCUCCUCUCCUGCGGCAGGGACAGCCCAUGGCAGACCUCUGUCUCUCUUCUCGCACUCAAUGUCUCUCUGUUUUGUUGAAAGCACUGAUUCCAGUUUGGGCUCUGAACUUCUGCCCAAACUGCAAAAUUGUCUGUAAUUUUUGUGUUAAUAAACCAAUAAUUAUUCCUGUAA